UCCGUUUCUUACUCUUACCACCGCUUGGCGACCACCGCAGGGCCUCCCUCUCUUUCCUCAUUUCCCCUUUCCUUACCUCCCACCACGGGUGGGUUGUCCCCCCAUCCGUCUCCAUACUCAACGAGCCACGGACAUGAGUCGUCAAACCUCAAUGGCCCAACUCGAAACGGUUGAGGACCUGUCGUACCUCCCUACUCCUUCGGACGACGUCAUUGUCACCUGUCUCCGCGAGCGAUUCAUGGCCGACAUCAUAUAUACAGGUCUUGGCACCUCAGCCCUCGUCGCGCUCAAUCCACAUAAAUAUGUCUCCUCAACAUCAGACGCUUUUCUGCAAAAAUAUGCUGCUGAGUAUUGUGAUACCAGCGAGGACAAGCAGACAUUACCACCUCACAUCUUCCAACUCGCGAAUAAUGCGUAUUAUCACAUGAAGCGAACUGCACAGGAUCAGUGCCUUCUCUUCAGCGGUGAAACGGCGAGCGGCAAAUCGGAGAAUCGGCGGCUCGCAAUCAAGACAUUGCUUGAACUCAGCGUCAGCGCUGCCGGCAAAAAGGGUGCGAAGCUCGGUACCCAGAUACCUGCUGCCGAGUUUGUUCUUGAAUCCUUCGGGAAUGCGCGCACCUUAUUCAACCCCAACGCCUCCCGUUUCGGCAAAUAUACCGAGUUGCAGUUCAGCGAACGAGGGCGAUUGGUCGGUGUGAAGACCCUGGAUUAUUAUCUGGAACGCGGUCGUGUCUCCGGAGCCCCCAAUGGGGAGCGAAAUUUUCACAUCUUCUACUACCUCAUUGCCGGCGCGUCUGCUGAGGAACGAGCGCAUUUGCAUCUUGUCGACAAGGGCACCUAUCGUUACGUUGGCCAGCUACGGGCGGGAAUGGGCCCCAGCCAGCGACCGACCGAUGAUGCGAUUCGCUUCGAGCAACUUAAGGGAGCGCUCAAGGCCAUCGGCUUAUCAAAGCGACAUGUGGCUCAAACGUGUCAACUUGUCGCUGCGAUCCUUCACCUAGGCAAUCUCGAGUUCAUGAUUGACCGCAAUCGCGAUGAAGAUGCCGCAGUGGUUCGCAACACCGAUGUUUGUGCAAUCGUUGCCGACUUUCUGGGCGUUCAUGCGAGCGCCCUGGAGCAAACACUUUCGUACAAGACGAAGCUGGUCAAGAAGGAGUUGUGCACAGUGUUUCUCGAUCCAGAUAGUGCUGCCGACAAUCGAGACGACCUUGCGAAGACCUUAUAUGGGCUGCUUUUUGCCUGGCUCAAUGAGCAUAUCAACCAGCGACUGUGCCGCGAGGAUUUCGCCUCCUUUAUCGGCCUGUUUGAUCUUCCCGGUCCGCAAAACCUGUCUUCGCGUUCCAAUUCGCUGGACCAGUUCUGCAUCAAUUUUGCCAACGAACGGUUGCAUGCUUUCACGCAGCACGCACUCUUCGAAGCCCAUGUUGCGGAAUACACAGCUGAAGGUCUCAUCCCACGAUUCGUGCCGCACACCAUUCCGUACUUCGACAAUAGUGAGUGUAUGCGCUUGCUGCAGAAUCGCCCGGGGGGUUUGCUGCAUAUCAUGGACGAUCAGACACGACGAGCUCCAAAGAAGACGGAUGCCACCAUGAUUGAGGCGUUCCAGAAGCGUUGGGGCAAUCACUCGUCUUUCAAGUGCACCGGCGCUCCCAGCACCGGCGGCUCCGCGAACGGGAUGGGCACCGCUCCGUCCUUUACUAUCAGUCACUUCAAUGGACCUGUGACUUACUCGGCUGAAGGCUUCCUUGAGCGUAAUUUGGAUGCCUUGAACCCCGACUUUGUUCAACUUCUUCGCGGUGAAGCGGAAAGCGCGGCGACCGCAACCGGGACAGCAGGAACUGGCAGUGUGAACCCUUUCGUUCGAGGUCUGUUCAACGCACGUGCUAUCGCGACCCAGGCCCAUCCGCGAAAUGAGGAGACCAUAGUCGCUGCGCAACAACCCGUCAAGCCAAUGCGCGCUCCAUCAACUCGUCGGCGAAAUACCACACGACGCGGGCCAAUGUCUCCGGGCCUCGCAGCAGACAUUGUUGAGGAGGAGGACGGUGACCUAACCGGUGCCGUCGGCGACGGAUCUCCAUCGGCUGGCGGUCCCAGUGCUGUCACCGGUGCUUUCCGUGCGGCUUUAGACACCCUAUUCGCGACGCUCUCCGAGUGUCAAACCUGGAAUGUGUAUUGCAUCAACCCGAAUGACGCACAGAUGCCGAAUCAGCUCGAGGGCCGCAGUGUCAAGGGUCAGGUUCGUAGUGCCGGCCUCGCCCAGGUCGCAGUCCGUUGCUCAGGCUCAAGCGCUGUGGGGAAGGGCUCGGUGGCAGUCUGGGAAGUGAAGGUCGGCGUUGAGGAAUUUUGCGAGCGGUAUGGAUCAAUUCUGGCGGAAAAGGGCCUCCAAAAUGGGGAGGAUCGGGAGAGAAUCGAGAGGACUACUGCAGCCUUUGGAUUGGCUGAGUCGGAUGUCGUAUUGGGGAUCAACAAGGUGUUCCUCACUCAACGAGCCUUUCACCGUCUGGAGGAUAUGCUUCGUGCCCGGGAUACCGAUGAACAGAAGCGCAAUCGCGAACGAGAAGGAGAGAUCGUCAAUCCCAUCUCCGAUCCUUAUGCGCCUUACCCUGCGACCAUGACCGACUCCAGAGAGGCAUCACCAUUUGUUGGCGGCGCUUACAGUGAUCCAUACGGGACUGCUGGCCCUCAGGGCUCCUCGGCAGCACUGCCACUUGUCUCGCAUGCAUCACCGUUUCAGCGGGCCGACCUUUACGAGGACGAAUACGGCGGCUUCGACGAGCGCGGAUCGCUACGCGGUGGUGGUGUAGCCGACUCCGACUUCGAUGCCCGAAGCCGAUAUACGUCGGCUGACGACUCGGCAUCCGCUUUUGGAAGCGAGAGCUAUGCCCCAUCACGAAACAUGUUUGGAGGCGAUACAAAGGGCGGGACUCGUGGUGGCCCAUUGCUCGAGAAAGAGGCACUCGCUGGUGAAAUCCAGGAGGGCGAGACGGUGGAAGUGCUGAAGGAAUCGAGUGCUCGUCGUCGCUGGGUCACUCUCUGUUGGAUUCUGACCUGGUGGGUUCCAAAUCCGUGUCUUUCAUACCUCGGCAGGAUGAAACGUGAAGAUGUGCGCCAGGCCUGGCGGGAGAAACUGGCUCUGAACCUCCUCAUCUGGUUUGUCUGUCUCUGCACAGCUUUUGUGAUCGUCUUCUUGGGCAAACUCAUUUGUCCAACCGAGCAUGUCUUCAAUUCUUCUGAAUUGGCUAGUCAUAGCUACAUACUGAACGCCAAUAACGUGUACACUUCCAUUCGCGGCGAGGUUUUCGAUCUCAAUACCAUCACGGAGCUGCAUCAGCGCUCAGUCUCUGUUGUUCCCUCGAAGACUAUCCUCAAAACAUACGGAGGCACCAGCGCUGAUAGUGUUUUCCCCGUACAGGUCAGCGCCCUCUGCAAUGGUAUAGACGGUAGUGUCAGCCCCUACGUCGUGCUUUCCUCCACGAAUAACACCGACCAAAACAAGCAAUACCAUGAUUUCCGGUUCUUUACCAACGACUCGCGGCCAGACUGGUACUUCGAGAGCAUGGUGCAGAUGCGAUGGAUGGCUCGUCGUGGGUUCGUCGGGUUGACUCCCAAGGAGAUUGCGAGCAAGGCCAACGCCGGUAGUUCAAUUGCGGUCUACAACGGGAUGGUAUACGACCUAUCCGACUACGUCCAAAACCCUCGUGGUCUACAAGCUCCCUAUGGACAGGCCCCUCCUGGUGGCAUCAACACCAACUUUCUGGCGGACUCUCUCGUGUCUCUGUUCAAGCUCAAGGCCGGUGGAGAUAUCACCCAUGACGUGGACAACCUCGUCAACAACGGGUUGACAUCGGCUCAGCUUGACCGGCAGAGAGUUUGCCUACGCAAUCUCUUCCUCGUUGCGAAAGUCGAUGCUCGAGAUUCUGCAAAAUGUGUCUUUUCGACAUACAUCCUGCUCAUUCUGUCCAUCAUCAUGGUUUCGGUUAUCGGCUUCAAGUUCUUAGCCUCGAUCAGUCUCGCCAGCGUCCGAGCCCCUGAGGAUCACGACAAGUUUGUGAUCUGCCAGGUGCCUUGCUAUACGGAAGGCGAUUCUUCUCUACGUCGAACAAUUGACUCGCUCGCCGAGCUGAAGUACGACGACAAGCGCAAACUUCUGGUCGUUAUUUGCGAUGGAAUGAUCGUCGGUUCCGGAAACGACAGACCCACCCCUCGCAUUGUCCUCGACAUUCUAGGUGCUGACCCGAACCUGGACCCGGAGCCUCUCAGUUUCCUAUCCCUCGGUGAAGGCGCAAAGCAGCACAACAUGGGCAAAGUAUAUUCGGGUCUUUACGAGUGCAAAGGUCACGUGGUCCCGUACCUUGUCGUGGCCAAGAUCGGGAAACCGACGGAGAGAUCGCGGCCGGGUAAUCGCGGAAAGCGAGACUCGCAGAUGCUUUUGAUGCAUUUCCUCAACAAGGUCCACUUCAACUCGCCUAUGAAUCCCCUCGAGCUGGAGAUGUAUCAUCAGAUCAAAAACGUGAUUGGUGUCAACCCGACUUUCUAUGAAUAUCUGUUCAUGGUUGAUGCCGAUACGACCGUGGAUCAGUUCUCCGUGAAUCGCUUAGUGUCGUCGAUGAUACACGACAAGAAGCUGUUAGGUGUUUGUGGAGAAACGCAUCUGGCCAACGCGAAACAGUCGAUCAUCACGAUGAUGCAAGUCUAUGAAUAUUUCAUCUCUCACAACAUGGCCAAAGCCUUCGAGAGUCUGUUCGGAUCUGUCACUUGCUUGCCCGGAUGCUUCACGCUCUAUCGACUCCGCACGCCAGACACCCACAAGCCAUUGCUCAUAUCGAACCAGCUGAUUCAAGAGUAUCAAGAAAACCGCGUGGACACCCUGCACAUGAAAAACCUGCUGCAUCUUGGAGAAGAUCGAUACCUUACCACUCUGCUGUUGAAGCACUUCCCAACCUUCAAAACCCAAUUCGUGCGGGAUGCUCAUGCGUUCACGGUCGCCCCAGACGAUUGGCAGGUUUUGUUGUCUCAGCGUCGCCGAUGGAUCAACUCGACAGUGCACAACCUGGGAGAACUGGUGUUUCUGGAGCAGCUCUGCGGUUUCUGUUGUUUCUCGAUGCGUUUCAUAGUGAUGAUCGAUUUGGUUUCUACGCUCACACAGCCAGUCACUGUUGCCUAUCUCGUUUAUCUCGUGUACACGGUGGCGGCUGAGCACCAGCAAAUCCAGACUAUCUCACUGGUGAUGAUCAUCGCCAUCUAUGCUAUCCAAGCGUUAGUAUUCGUUCUCCGACGUAAAUGGGAUAUGAUAGGAUGGAUGGUCUUUUAUGUCCUCGCCAUCCCAGUGUUCUCGUUCAUGCUGCCGCUCUACUCUUUCUGGCGGAUGGAUGACUUCUCCUGGGGUCAGACUCGUGUCGUGCUCGGAGAAUCAGGAAAGAAGAUGAUCGUUCAUGACGAAGGCAAAUUUGAUCCCCGAGUGAUACCUCUCAAGUCAUGGAACGACUAUGAAAAUGAGCUUUGGGACAAGGAGUCGAACCAUAGCAUUGGGUCAUGGGCACCACCUCCCAAAUUGCGCAGUCAUUAUGCCGAGUCGCACACGGCGUCGCUCUACGGUCGAGAAACAACAUAUGAACCUCGCAGUUACUCGCCUGCCCCAUCUCAAGCCGGUGGCUAUGCACCUCUCCCUCUGCCAGGCUAUCAAUCGGGCAGGAACACUCCCCAAUCCCUCUACCACGUCCAGCCGAUGAUGCCCGACUCUCGGCCGCUCACGAAUUACCUCGAUGUGCAUGGCAUCAGUGGGGAUGAAUCUCCUUCCGAGGCUGAGCUCCACCAAGCUGUUCAAGACGCUCUUCGUGGAGCAGAUCUCAAUUCAAUCACCAAACGAGAGAUUCGCAGACGCUUGGAGGCUCGCUUUGGAAUGGAUUUGACUUCGAGAAAAUCUGCCAUCAAUGCUGCGAUUGAUCGAGCGCUUCUGAGCACGGCUUAGAACAUGGACAGCUUACCUCAUUUCUAUCUUGCUACGCAUAUGAACGUUCAAUCCACGGACCUAGGCAUCGUUUACCUUCCUUUACUAUUAGAACAAUAUUAGUCACUGUUAUGCAUGGAUAUAUCAGUUUUCGGAAUGAUCGCGUUGUUCCCAAAUAACGGGUCUUGAUUAGACUGAGUCGGUGUUGCCGUCCGUUUGAAUUGGCACUGAGGAAUUGGGUGAGAGUUAGCACUGAGAAGCUGGGUGAGUUAGUCUGAUUAUUCAAGGUAACUAGAGCAAGUCAAGUUGUAACUCGUCUUAACCUCCCAAGUUCAUCCAUAUGCCUGUGGACAUUUUUCACUGUUA